AGCAGACACUUCAACCAAACAAAACAUAUACUAUAUAUGCACAACCGUGUUGAUUUUCAUGUCUUAAAAACCAUAUAUUAUACAAACCCUUCUUUUCAUUGACAAAACAAACCAUACAUACCACAAAAAAAUGGUCCGACUAACUCCGAUACACUCCGGCGAUCACUCAGGUUCGAUGCCAUUACUAGCAGUUGGCUUGUUCAUCUCUUUAUCAGCUCUUGUAGCUCUCUGUGCCAAACAUUCAAGAAAAAUCUCGAGAAAGAACGAAACCGAGACAUUUGAUUCGAAAGUCCUUCCUCCUAAGUCACCCUUACGGUCUCCGAAGCAGCUUAUUCCAUUCAUCAACCACCAGAAAACUGAGGCCGAGGCUGAGAUUGGUGGCGAAGCUGACGUUGAAGGGUUCGGAGAAGGCGGUUUGUGGCAGAAGGCGAUUUUGAUGGGGGAGAAGUGUCAACCACCAGAGUUUUCGGGUGUGAUUUAUUAUGAUUGUGAUGGGAAUCCGAUUUCAGAGAUGCCAAGGUCUCCGAGAAGAGUAAAUAUUGGGUAUAACGGUGAUACUGCUUGGGAUAGUACUUUGCCAAAUUUUUCUUUUCCGGUGCCAAAAGAUGGGAACUAGCUCAACUUUUGUUAUGUACAAAAUGGUUGGCGAAUUGGGGACAAUAUACAUGGUAGUCCCUAACUUGAAACGGGUCGUGUUAUGAGUUAUCAGGAAAAGAAAAAACAAUAUAGUGUAGCCAUAUGUACUUUUUAGCACAGGUUUUUGUGGAAAAUAGUAUAUACCUUUGUGCUGGUUAAGCUUGUUGCAACACUAGAACCAUGAGCAGAACUUAUUCAUUCUUUUUUA